CGCAGAAACACCUACUCUUUUGCGUGGAUUAAAGACGUGGAAAGUUUGCAUUAAUGUGAGGGGGAAAUCAUGAGAAAUGGAUGGAAACGGUGAGCGCAGUUCUCCGAAAGAGGCUCCAAAUAACACGGAGAUGCUCCUCGCUUUGCUGUCACACAGUGAGGAGCUACGGAAAGAGAUCCCGGUGUGCGCGGGCUGUAAUCAGCACAUCGUGGAUCGUUUCAUCCUCAAAGUGUUGGAUCGACACUGGCACAGCAAGUGUCUCAAGUGCAGCGACUGUCAGGCUCAGCUGGCCGAGAAAUGUUUCAGCAGAGGAGACAGUGUUUACUGCAAGGACGACUUCUUCAAGAGAUUCGGGACCAAGUGCGCAGCGUGUCAGCAGGGCAUCCCGCCCACACAGGUGGUGAGGAGGGCGCAGGACUUCGUCUAUCACCUGCACUGCUUCGCCUGCAUCGUGUGCAAGAGGCAGCUGGCUACAGGAGACGAGUAUUACCUGAUGGAGGACAGCAGGCUGGUGUGUAAGGCCGACUACGAGACCGCCAAGCAGAGAGAAGCAGACUCCACUGCAAAAAGACCGAGAACGACCAUCACAGCUAAACAGCUCGAAACGCUAAAGAACGCCUACAAUAACUCCCCCAAACCGGCCCGCCACGUCAGGGAACAGCUCUCAUCAGAGACAGGGCUGGAUAUGCGGGUUGUGCAGGUUUGGUUUCAGAACAGGAGAGCUAAAGAGAAGAGGCUGAAGAAAGACGCCGGGCGGCAGAGGUGGGGGCAGUAUUUCCGCAACAUGAAGAGAUCACGAGGAAGCUCCAAAUCUGACAAAGACAGCAUCCAGGAGGAGGGCAUGGACAGCGAUGCUGAGGUGUCCUUUACAGAUGAACCACCCAUGUCUGAGCUUGGCCUCACCAACGGCAUCUACAGCAGCCUGAGCGAGUCCUCUCCAGCCAUGGGGGGCCGCCAGGGGGGCAACAACCACGGCUCCUUCCCUCUGGAGCAUGGCGUCAUCCCCCCUCAGGACCAGUUCCACGACAUCCGAUCCAACAGCCCCUACGGCCUCCCACAGUCGCCAGGAUCCCUGCAGGGGCUACCGAGACACCAGCCACUCAUCUCCAGCCUAGUCUACCCCGACUCUGGCCUGUCAGUCUUGACCCAGGGAGGCGCGCCUGGGAUUAACCCUGCGGUGAGGGUCUCUAUGGGGGCUGCUAAUGGCCCCAGCUCGGACCUGUCCACCGGCAGCAGCGGAGGAUACCCAGACUUUCCCGCCAGUCCUGCAUCCUGGUUGGAUGAAGUUGACCAUGGGCAGUUUUGAUUGGUCAUCGGCGAAAAGUUGGACUUCUUUUAUUUCCUUUUAUAAUUUCAGGAAUUGGAAAAUAGUCAACCAGGACUGAUCGUGUAAAGGACAAGACAUUUUCUUGGAUCCCACUGAUGAAGAGGUUCAUUUAUCAUCUAUGAUCGGAAUGGAGAGAACAUCCUUCAUUAAAGCACUUGGCCUACAACAGUCCUUCAGUAGAUAAAACAUAUUUAGGGCAAAAAAUCCAUCGUAAUUUUAUUUCUGGACAUUUUUGAGACUGACUGAGACUCAGAAAAUUUUGGACAUUUGUUUCUGGAUUUCCACCAACUCCUGCUUUUUAUUCUCAUCACUUUUUUUUUUUUUCUACACUGCUUUCAGGUGCAGAAUUGAGUUCUCUUAAUGUCUGGUUGUUGCCAAAUGUCUAUAUAAAUAUAUAAAUAUAAUGGUUUAUCAUUGUGGAGACUUUAUUUUUAUACAAGCCCCUUCUUGGACACGAAGAAGAAACCCAGAUACGAGGACUUUGUACAUUCUUAAACAGGGAUAUAGGCAUAAAUGUAGAUGUUGUCUUAAAUGGUACCUAGGGGUCCAAUUACUUCUAUGCAUUUGUGUGUUUCUCAGAUGUAUCUCGUUCGUUUUGUUCUGCCUAAAAAACAACCUUGGAGAAAG